CAUGGCAUCUAAACAGUUUUGUGAAAAAGCAAACUUUAAUACUUGUUUCAAAGGUACAAUCUGUUGUACCAGUAAGUUUGAUAAACCAUUCUCUCUGGUGAUAGUGCCGGAAGAAAAGAAUGAUGAGUUUGAUGACAACCUUGAAAGGUAUACAAACUAUGUUGUUCUUAACAUUGGACCGGAUGGUGCUGAGUUUAAAAUAAAACUUGGGGAAGAAAAACUUGAAACCUUGAAAACAUGCUCCAAUGGACUGGAAGAAGGAGUUAGGCAAACUUAUUGGUGGUCAUAUGACAAGGAUGGAAAGAAAUUGAAAUAUGGAAAAGGUCACACCAUGGAUGAAACAACAUUGAUGUCCUAUGCCUUUGAAGAUAGCUCUUAUGACAAAUUUAAACUCUUCUUAAAGCCCAACCCUAACUGUAGGAGUACAGUUCUUCUCUAUGGUAGUUUGAAGGAUUGCGAAGAGGACAAAAUUAAUAAAGGAUCCAUUGACUAUGAGCCUUUGAUCUUGGUUAACAAAGAGCCUCUAAUCUCUACUCCAUCUCCUAUUCUAAAGGAGUUUAAACCAGUUGAAUUGGAAGAUUUGGAUGUAGCUCAUUUUUUUUUGCCCAACCAUCUACCUUGUGAGUGCAAAAAAAUCUUCAAUGACAUUAAAAGAAUCAAGGAUCUUGAUCCUCUUCUAAUAAAACAAAUUAGAAACAGUAUUGAGACAGAAGGCUUGAUCCUCAAUGAGAUACUUAAGGAAAAGUCGUAUUUGAGGAUUACUAUUGGAGAAAAUAAGGGGAACUCCCCUGGUUGUCCUAAUGUUCUAGAGAUAUGGCCAGCAGGGGCAGAAAGUCCAAUCCACAACCAUGGAAGAUGCAGCGCAGUAAUCAAGGUGCUCCAUGGAAGCAUUCAAUGCAGUAUCUUUAAUAAGAUCACAAACCCUCCAGCUAAGCGUCUAGAACAUCUUGACAGGUUUAAUGCUAGUAAGGGGGAUUACACCUGGAUGAAUGAGCGCUGGUUCCAAACCCAUCAACUAAAGAAUGUGUCUGACGACUACUGUGCCACCCUUCAGUGCUAUCAGUAUGCUCCUGAGGACAACACUCACUAUCCACAGUUUGAUUACUAUAAACAUGAGGAGCUGGCUAAGUUUGAACCAGGAUCAGAUCUUACCUUCGAGAAGAUGAAGAAGAUUGUUGCAAUGGAGUGGGAAGUAAAGGAAGAGCGGAAAGCAAGUGAGGUUAGGGAGAGAGAAAGGAAGAAGAUGGAAGAAGCGAGAAAGGAAGAACAGGAAAGGCUCCAGGAAGAAGCUGAUAUGGAGAAAUCAAAACUUCUUACUUCACUACAAAGUUUAAUGCAAUCUCUACUUAAACCUGCUUUUUCUUCGAGCAGUGUACAGCACUUUACUACAGUACGUACCUAAAGCUUAGUUUAGGCUGAAUGUUGUAAAUCGUGUAAAUAACAGUUUGAAUGGACAGCCAUUUUAAAUAACAUAACGCCAAAGUCCCUUAGUCUUUUUAGUUUCCUUAUGUUGAGCUUAUACUAGUACCACGAAUACAAUUUU